AACCCUAGGACGGAGUACUUUUUGUUCUUUCUAUCUAGCUGACCUUAUCUUUAACUUCAAACUCAUGUUAUCUGUAUUCACCCCUUUCUAUAUUUAUACCGGCCAAGAUACAUUAAUUAGAAGUUUAGUUGUGUUGGUUCUGCAUCUGAAAUGGGAGCUUGGCAUCUAUCUCCUGAUUCUUUGUUACCAUGGCUUCAUAAAUCUGCCAAACAAACUCAUUCUAAUCUUGUUUCUUUUCAUAACAAGCCAAUACCCACUUCACCAUUAACAAAGAUGAUUAAUCAACACAACCAAACAAAACUCUUGAGGAUCAAACAAUCUUCUCAGGUUACUACUUCAAUUUCUGGGAGUGAUUCAAAUUCUACAGAUUUUAAUGCUAUUAUGCUAUUUUGUGCUGAAAAUGGUUAUGUUACGGAAGCUCAGAUGUUAUGGGAUGAAACCCUAAACAGCUCUUUUAUUCCUAACCUUAAUUUAGUUUCAUCUCUUAUGAUUGCUUAUGCAAAAACUGGGCAUUUUGAUCUUAUUUGUCAGAUAUUGAGCCAAAUUAGGAAUAGAAGCUUCAACUGGCUGCCACAGGUAUACUCUCUUGCAAUCAAAUGCUUUGGAAUGGGGGGACAGCUUGAUUGUAUGGAAUGUACAUUGAAUGAUAUGGUUUCGAUGGGUUUUCGAGUUGAUUCAGUAACAGGAAAUGCAUAUGUUGUUUAUUACAGCCUGUUUGGUUCUUUAGCAGAGAUGGAAGUUGCAUAUGGUAGGCUUAAGAAGUCCAGAAUUCUCCUUGAAGAAGAAGGAAUUCGCGCUGUUUCGUUAGCUUAUAUUAAGGAGAAUAAGUUCUUUAAAUUAGGAGAGUUCUUGAGGGAUGUGGGUUUGGGUAGGAGGAAUGUGGGAAAUCUUUUGUGGAACCUUUUGCUGCUUUCUUAUGCUGCUAAAUUUAAAAUGAAAAGUUUACAAAGGGAGUUUUUGGCGAUGUUAGCAGCAGGAUUUCGGCCUGAUCUUACAACAUUUAACAUAAGGGCUUUAGCGUUUUCCAAGAUGAGUUUGUUCUGGGAUCUUCAUCUAAGUCUUGACCAUAUGAGACAUGAAAAUGUAGUUCCUGAUCUUGUGACUUAUGGUUGUUUGGCUGAUACCUACAUGGAUAAACGGAUGGGGAGGAAUUUGGAUUUCGCUUUGCAGAAGAUGAUCAACUUGAAUGAGUGUCCAUCAGUUGCAACUGACCAUUUUGUGUUCGAGGCCAUGGGAAAAGGUGAAUUUCAUGUGAACUCAGAAGCCUCUAUGGAGUUCAAUAAUCAUAAAAACUGGACUUAUAAGAAGCUCAUUGCAGUACAUGUAAAAAAACGACAUCGGAGUAAUCAGAUCUUCUGGAAUUACUGAUUGUGAUUGUUCUGAGAGGUUAUGCUUACUUACAUUGAUAGUCAGAUGGGUAUUGAAUUUCGCUUUGAAGAAGAAGAUCAACUUGGAUGGUAAUGAUUUUCAUUUGAACUCAGAAGCCUAACAAGAAUGCAAGAUAGAUUUACAUAAGCACAUUGGAGUGUACAAGAAUAACCAAAUCUUCUGGAGGAAUAACCAAAUCUUCUGGAGUUACUGAAUGUGUACGAUAUUCUCUGACAAAUCAACCCAGUUUUAUCCAUCUUUUUUCUGUGACUUUUCUUCUAUGCCUUUUGAGAGGUACUACUUCUGUCUCAAAUUUGAAGUCAUGUAUGCUAUUUUAGGAUGGCCAGAAAUUGUUUUAACAAUUUACUACACAGAAGAAAAAUGGAAAUGUUAUGCAGAAGAACAGUUUCACUCAA